CUGGUGGACAUGCUGUGAUACUGGAGGAGUCCACGUUGGAUUUGGGAUUGAUGCACAGGGAAGCUUGCUCCCAGGUUGGACGUGUGCGUUCCUCUGUCUCCGAAGGUGACAGAUUAUGCACGUGCUGCUGAGACAAUGAAUCUGGAUUUAGAUUCUGCAGAGCAUUUGACAACCAGCCCAGCAGGGUUGUGACUGAAUGCUUCCACAUUUCAAUUAUUCAACAUUUGAGAUAUAUUUUGGCAUGAUAUGUCAUGCAUUAAACGGAUGUGUAGUAUCUGUUUGCUCUCAUGCAUGAGAUACAGUUUUUACUUGUUGAACUGAACUACAUCUUCAUCCAGUGGAUUUAUUUUCAAGAUUAAAACAGGACCAUUUCAGCUGGAGAUCAUACUAACACGAGAUGUCUGGAGCUGUGGAUGUUGGACUGAUUUUCUUCUUUAUUCUGGUGGUGUAUCACAGUGAGCCAACACAGACUGGGCAAAGCAGAGAGGUGCAUUCACAUGGACAGGGAGGAUUGGUCCACCUAACCACAGACUGGGUCUUCUGGUUGGUUAAUGACUCACUGGCUUUCUCCAGAGCUGAAAACUUCUGUAAAGGACAGUUCAGUUCUCUUUCCACUUUGGACCGUCCAGAAGACCAGGAGGCAGCCCGGGAGCUGUUUCGGCAGACGGGACUCUCCUCACCAAUUUGGACAAAGGAUCACAACAAAAUUGCUGCCACACCGCUGGUCCUCACCAAGCAGUAUUUAAAAUUCUCAGCUCUUCACUUCCCAAAAGAGUCACAUGAGGGUUUUGCUCGUGUCAACAUUUCCUUCCCGGCCCUGUCCUCAGUGAGCGUCUGUGUUCGUGUUCAGUGGGACCCAGAGUGGACUGAGGUGUCCACUAUCUUCUCCUAUGCUGCACCUGUCUUUACCAAUGAGUUCCAGCUCCGAGGUCAGCUGCAGGAACGCAUCCGUCUGGCGCUCAUCGUCCAUGGUCAACACCUGCCAUACAAGGCUUCCUUCUCCAAUGAUGGAACAUGGCAUCAUAUAUGUGUCACAUGGCGCCGUGUCAACAGCCACUGGGCUAUCUAUGUAGAUGGUGAAAGAAAGGACAUGGGUUCAGGGAGAGACACUCCCAGGGAUAUCCACGGUGACGGUAUACUUGUUUUGGGACAGGAUCAAGACUCCUUUGGAGGGAAUUUCACAGAGCCCUUUGUUGGCAACAUCACAGACAUGAAUGUUUGGAAUACAUAUUUGGAGCCUAGGCAUGUCCUUGCUCUUAAUGCAUGCAUGCCUAUGACCCAGGAAAUACUAUACAGCUGGGAUGUUGAUGACCUAAGCUGCCACCCAGUGGUCACAGAAGUGCAGGCGCUUCUUUUCUGCCCAGCAGUCCACCAGCAGAUGGCGAUGCAGGGUUGCAGGACGCUGCAGGGCUGGUCAGAUCAGCAGCAUCCAGUGUUCGGUCUGGCAGACUGCUCAGAACCUUUGGCCUUCAUGUGCAGGAGCAGCAAAGAGCGUUACCUGAAGAUGAAGCAGAUUAGAGAAUCUCAGAGCUCUCAGCCCACUGUCUUUAUGAACCAUCUGAUGAAGCGUUCCAACAAAACUCAGGCAAUACUCGGCCAGCAGCCAUCAGGUCUGACAAGCUGGGUCGAGACAUCCGUCCUGCUGAAUGUGUCUGUCCAGGCUUUAGAGGAGACAAAACAGGAGGGAUUACAGUCAGAGGACAUGGUGUCCCUCAUCAAAUUGCUGUCACUGGCAGCUGAUGUCCCUGCCGACACCACCAAUUACAGCCAAGUCCGGGCCGAGGAGCUCAGUCAGCACUUCAUCAGUGUGGCUGACAGUAUUAUCAGCCAGGACAACGCCCUCAAGUGGCAGGCAAUCAAAGAGGUGGUGAAUGGUCCCAUGGACGUGGUCAGGUCCAUCGAUCGUAUGACGAGCAGCCUGAGCCCUCAUUUAAUGGCAGAGAUGGAUCACCUGACCAUCCACAGCCCCAACAUCAAGUUGGAGGUGCAGCAGCAGAGGCUGCAGGAAGUAUCCAGAGCAUCAGUGUUCUGUGGGACUCCAACAGAGAAACAGUCCAACCUGGACUGUAUUUCGGUGCCAUAUCAGAAGCUACAGGCUCUUCAAGACAGCGGCUUCCAUAAACUCAUACUGGUCAACACGUGGUAUGGUUCCCUAAGGCCUUUUUUCAGUUAUGAAGAGAACCUCACCUUGGUCCCAGCUGUCACAGAUGGCAGUCACAGGUACUUGGGCACCGUGUUGGGCUCCUCCAUCAUCUCCACCACAGUGCUGGCAGAUGAGCAGCCACUCAGCAUGGCGGUUAACUUCCAGCUGCGGCACAAAGUCCAGAAUCCCACUGACACUGUCUUUGAUCCAGUGUGUGCCUUCUGGGAUUUUGAACUCACUCCAGAGGGUGGUGGCUGGUGGAACACCAAAGGAUGUGAGGUUGUGUCCAAACAGUACGGAUCCACUGUGUGCUACUGUAACCACACCACCAACUUUGCCGUGCUGCUGCAGGUUUUUGAAGCUCAGAGGAGCCCGGAGAAUGAAAAAGCUCUACAGGUGCUGACGUUCCUUGGCUGUGGAGUGUCUCUGUGUGGCCUCCUCUUCACCUUCAUCCUCUUCAUCGCUGUGGGAGUUCCAAAGUCAGAUCGCACAACCGUCCAUAAGAACCUAAUUGUUGCUCUCGGAGUUGCUGAGCUGCUGUUGAUGUGCAGUGACUGGGCAUCUGCCAAUCAGGAGGUGUGCUUUAUGGUGACUGUGUUGCUCCACCUUUUCUUCAUGGCUUCAUUUUCCUGGAUGCUGGUGGAGGGCCUGCUGCUGUGGAGCAAGGUGGUGUCUGUCAACAUCAGUGAAGACAGCAGGAUGAAACUUUAUUACAUCAUUGGCUGGGGACUGCCUGUUCUGAUUGUUGGUGUAACACUGGCAGUAUCAGGACACGAGUACAAGGUGGAUACUCACUGCUGGCUCAGUGUGAGGACCCACACCAUCUGGGCCUUCGUGGGACCGGUUAUGUUUAUCCUCACGGUCAAUGCGGUUGUAUUGUGUCGGGUUGUCAUGGUGACUGUUUCCAGCGCUCGUCGUCGUGCUAAGAUGCUCAGUCCAAGCGCAGCUCCACAGAUGCAGACCUUUGACCUCACCUGGGCAGUGACCAGGCCAGUUCUCAUCCUGCUUCCAGUGUUGGGUCUGACCUGGUUAUGUGGUGUGUUGGUCCAUCUGUCCGUAACAGUCGCCUAUGUUUUCAUCGCACUCAAUGCUUUCCAGGGCCUAUAUAUUUUCUUAGUUUAUGCAGUUUACAACAGUGAGGUGAGGAAUGCCAUAAAGAGGAUCAAAGAAAAGCGAAAAGCCUUAUCUUUCACGAACUGCUCCCACCCAACCAGCUUCCAUCCUUCCCAGAGGGCCCCAGUUACCUCUUGGGGUCGGAAUCUACCAACCUCCUCCAGCCCUGAGACCAGUGACACUUCACGGCCGCCUAGCUCCACUUCCACUUCCUUGGUCAUCAAGAAUGAGAGAUUCAGAAAGGAGAGCUUUGUGAUUUUCUCAUUGAAACCACCAUCAGCAAACCAAAUUGUUCAGCUAACUGGUUUCAAGCCAUCAGACAGAACAGAUGGUCCCCACGUUUACAGAGGGUUAAGUCACUGUCAAUGGCUUUAAAUUGCUACAUAGUACGGAGAAAGAAGUUUGCAAUCGAGUCAUUAAAUGUUUUGCUG